AUGAAAGGUACUGCCGCAGAAAAAACUAUUGAAGCCUUAGAAACGAUUUUUAACGAGCAAACCUAUCCUGAAACCAUAAGGACUGACAAUGGACCACCAUUUGCCGGACAACAGUUCGCUGAUUAUUGUCGAAGCAAAAACAUCAGACUGAUUCGUACAAUUCCCUACUGGCCACAGAUGAAUGGUUUAGUUGAGAGACAAAACCAAGGUAUUCUCAGGGUUCUCCGCAUUGCGAAGGCAACGAAUAGCGAUUGGCGCAAAGCAAUAAAAGAUUACGUUUACAUGUACAACACUAGUCCUCAUUCUAUUACGGACCAACCUCCUAUGGAAUUAAUGACUGGGCGACCGGUAAAGGAUUUAAUACCAAGUUUCAGAACGGAUGCAAAUUGUAAUCGAAAUGAAGAUGUUCGAGAAAAGGAUGCAAUCAAGAAACUUCAAGGAAAGAUUUACGCGGAUGAGAAAAGACAUGCAAAACCCUCAGAUAUCAACGUUGGCGAUUUCGUGAUGCUCAAAAAUUAUGAAACCGGUAAGCUAGAGCCAAAGUUUCGUUUAGAGAAAUUCACCGUCGUGAAGAAACACGGAAACGACACCGUUGUCGUCAAUGGGGAUGGAGUAAUGUACCGUCGAUCCGUUACUCAUUUAAGGAAGUGGCCUUCAACAAACAACGAUACAGCGGAGUCAUUGCCACAAAGACCUUUGAGCCUAGAGGGAAACAAAGAUCUAAAGGAAAAUGAUAAACGAGUACUGGAGGAUAUGGAGACUGACGAACCUGAAGCAGCAUCAAAACGACCAACUAGAACAAAAAAACUUCCAGAAAGGUUCAGAUAA